CCACGAGAGGCGGGGCCUAGGGUGCCGGCCCGACGCAGGCGCAGAUUGCCUGGGAUGCCGGCCGCCGGCGGGGCCUCAGUCUGCUCGGAUUAUCAGCUUGAAGAGGCCGCCCUGUGUGAGUGCCAGACCGGGAAGAAGAGGCACCUUCACAAGGGAGGGGGGAGGGUCGGCUGGACCGGUGAUAACAGUGUGACUGGAGCUGAGCAGAUGAACCGUGAAGGUGCCCACGAGAAGAGUCCUGAGGAGAUGUACAUCCAGCAGAAAGUGCGAGUGCUGCUGAUGUUGAGGAAGAUGGGAUCAAAUCUCACUCCAAGUGAAGAGGCAUUUCUUCGAACCUAUGCAGGGGUAGUGAACAGCCAGCUUAGCCAACUUCCACAGCACCCGAUUGAUCAGGGCGCAGAAGAUGUAGUGAUGGCCUUUUCCAGACAAGAAAGUGAGGACAGGCGGCAAUGAAGGGGAAUAGUUACUGAUGGUUGGGGGCAGGCAGCAAGAUUAUCGACAAUGUGUGUGAAGAUUCCGGGGUGUUCAUGAGUUGCUAGUCUCCUCAUGUACUGCAACAUCACAGUUGUGUAUCUGUGAUAACCAGUGUUGCUCAUCAGGACGGCCUCUACCGACCAGAAAAAAAAGACUUGUUUUUUGAUUGGCAGACAGGACCCACUGUCCCUCUGUUUUAUUUCUAUUUGUUUGCGUUGGUUUUAAUUUUUUUGUAAAUACUUGUGCUGAAGGCCAUGAGCAAUCUAAAUGCAGCUCAGAAUGCAGUGUGACUAAAGCUGGUCUGUGCCCCUCAUGCUCUGCACUGAAGCAUCACUUAUCUCCUCCCACUCUAGAUGCUGAUGCAGUAUUUUCCAGCUUUUGCCAGUGGACUCUGGAGAAUUGAUUAACAUUGCACAUCCUUUACAGCAGAAUAAUAAACACAGUGGACUGGAAACAGCACCAUGCACAGCAUUCAGACAAUUUGAAAUGUUAAAUUAGCUUAAAUUGUAGGUCCUCCUAAAACCAGCUUUAGUUAUCUGUUCCUUUUGUCUCAGCAGUUAAGCAGUACACACAAAGUUUUAAACAUUUAAUGCCAUGACCAAAAUGUAAUCAAAUAGCUUGUGUGUUUUAUUUUCAUUUCUCUUGGCCCAUGUCUGCCUUUUUAAGGGAAAAUGAUCACCCAAGCUAACAGUUUACUAAAAGAAAACACUAGCUUCAAAUACCAGAGAGGACAAAGACAAAAAAACUGAUUUAAACAACAUUGGGUAGCAGGGAAGCAGGCCAUCAGGAAAAAGAUGUGGUUUUUAAAACAUUCAGAAUGGCUAAAUUAUUGUUGAGGAUGCAGUUGCUAAGUAAACCUAUCCCGUCGGCCCUGGGAGAAUGCAAGUAUCCAUUUCAUUACCUUUGUGAAGCCUGGAUGUUCACAAAGGGAAAGUCUAGUGUGUUUUAAUCAUUCAUAUUUUACAACGUAUGUGUCAACCUGCCCAGCUGUCUGCAGUUUUGACUCUGUCCUAGUUUUAGUACUUCUUACUCUGAACUUGCUCUCAGUGAAGCGAGUGUUGCAUCUGUACAUGUAUUUUAAUGUGACAGCUGAAUUGAUGUUGGGAUGCCAUUGCCUGGUAUGACAUUUACAGGUAUUUUUUGAAGCUGUGUGCUUCUAAAUUAGCUAUACCCUGGCAGAUUCUGUGCUCUGAACAGUAUUGUCCUCGACUUGGGUUGCAAGUAAGGAAAUGUAUUGAUUUUUUUUUCCCCUACAAAUAAAACCCAGCAGAAAACAAAGUAAUAAGAGCAGUCUGAUUGAGAAAACACCGCUCCUUGCUGCAAUGCUGUCAAAACUUGCUUUCCAAAAUGAUUAACACCUCCCUCAUCUGAAAGAAAAAAAAUUAAAAUUCUGCUCCUCACACAAAAUUUUCAGAUUAAUAGGAGCUAAUCUUUUGAGUAAAGUGCUUGUUUCUAAACUGAUGGGGAUAUUUCAAAGCUUCAGAUGGGUUCACCUUUCAUGAAGUGCUGCUAUAUCUUGAUCAGCACAGUCGGAUUUAUUUUUAGCAGAGAUACUCUACAUAUUCAACACUUGUGAUUUAGCUGACUCUAUUGUGUACUCUGUAUCUAUUAAAAAUUACAGUAAAUGUAUCCUCCAUGUAUCCCAAGCUCAUGCCAGUUUGAGAUGCAAUGCGUUUGCUACUUCAGUCGACUUACCCUGUUUAACAAUCACUCAUGUUUUAUAGUUGGGUGAGUUGUGAAAUCUUCUGGAACUUUACCCUAAGACAAUGGAAAAUGCAUCUGAAAAUUGUCACCUAUAUUCAAUUUGAGUUGAGCAUUUUGUCUUUGUUUCCCCUUGUGGCUGUGAAUUGUUUGCAUUUGAAUUGGUCCCUGCUGGAAUUAUUGGUGGGUAUUAGAAAACAGGAUUGUUUCAUUUUAUGUGAAGUUAGCAGUAAACUCAUUGUUGCUUCAAUGUACAGAGCUUAAACCUUGCUGAAAGGAGAGCCAUGCUGUUGAAGUUUUUUCUCUUGCACUUUUUAGGAUAAAUGCAGGAAUGCCACAUUUUAAAUACUUUGUUCAAUCAGAAUUUACUUGCCAAGCAAUCAGCAUCCUUUUCUCCUGUAGUAUAAAUUGUUGUGAUGGUUUGGCAUUGUUGCAUGUGUCCUGAGGAAUUAAUGGUGAUAAGUUUCAACAAAUUGUCUCUUUUCAGUAAUGACAAGUUACUGCUGUGUUAUGAUCCACUGGGUGGACCAUUACUGGGUAUGUAUUGGGAGGUAGUGGUAUAGUGGUAAUGACACUAAGCUAACAAUCCGAAGCCCUCGGGUGAUGUUCUAAAGGCAUGGGUUCAAAUCUCACUGUGGCAGAUGGCGAAAUCAGCAAGAAUCUGCAAUUAAAAGCUUAUGUUGCGCUGACCAUUUUCAUUGACAGUUGUUGACUGUCGUAAAAAAAAAUCUGGUUCACUGAUGUCCGGUCUCCAUGUGAUUCCAGACCCACAGCAAUGUAGUUGACUCUGAAAUGACCUAGGAAGUCAUUCAGUUCGAGGCAGUUAAGGAUAGGCAACAACUUGCCAGCAGUACUAAUCUUCCUGCAAAAAUAAAGAAAUUACAUGGUUACAGGGUCACAGCUGUGUCCUAAAUACUGUCUAAUUUACGAGUUCAGUGUUCUGGAUUGAAGCUAUCUUCAAUAUCCAUAAUCCCCAACGUUGUUAUCGAGGAAAGAUGUCAGUGCUAUUGAGGUUUAAUGGCUCUGUAAUAUGCUUUGCAAGCAUAAAACAGGCAUCCGUUGGUAUCUCAAAACAAUGUCUCGUGUGUGUGCCUGUAAUGUAUUAAGCCCUUACUUACACAUGCAUAUUUGGUGCCCCUUUUGCAAACUGGACUGGCUGCGUUCAGAAAAACACCUAAAUGUGGCCUAACCAGCAAUCCUUAAUUUAUGAAUAAUGCCAUACUUCGUGUACUAAAUGAGAGCUGCAUCAGUGACCAGCUUGUGCCACCUCAGUGGGAUUCCAUAAAACUCACCUUCUUACAGCUAUCGAACUGCAUUGGCAGUGAAAUAGCCUUUGUUUGGUUCCCUUUCCCACUUGUGUCAAUUGUGACAGAAAAGCAAUUUGUUUAUGGCUAUGAAACUGUCUAUUGCCUAUACUGUAAUUCAACUGGAUUUUGCAAUGCAUCCAAUAAAGAGGUUGCUUUAGUUUAAAACUAGAGGCCCAAAUAUAUUCAUCUUUAGUCCUGCCCUCUGGCAGUGUAGUUAGUGUACAUUUCAGUUUUUGUACCAUUUUUUGCCCACCUGGUUUUAUACAUUAUACUGGGUACCUAUACUGCACUGGUUGAUAGGGAUGGUUCAAGCUGUAGGGUUGCAGGUACUUUGACGUAGUGGCCAUUUAUAUUUUACUUACUAUUUACCCUUCAGUUAAUGAAUCACCUCAUUGGGGAAAUGGAGACAGCACAUUUCACUGCUGCAGGGAAGAUAAUUAGCUGUGGCACACAGUUCAGCAAACUGAUGAUUUAAUGGCUGUACACCAUUACUACAGUGCUGUAAACUUGCCCUCCCAAUAUCCCCAAGUGUGUUGCCAAUAUUUUCCAGGAGUCCUUACCCAGGUCUUUGAAUCGUUGGAAGUCGGGAUUACAUGACUAGCCAGACUGAACACUUUAUCUGAACUAACUGCAAAGCAUUAAAGAAGAUUCAAAGUUUAUUUCAUUGAGAAUUGCGGGUGCAUAUGGAAUCUGUUUCUAAAUAUAAUUCAAUGUUAUUUUGUGUUGUGUCCAACAUAGGUGGUUUAUUAAGAGGUUACUACUUAAUAAUGAAGGUAUAAACAGAGAUAACCAUCAAGUGCAGGGUGUGGAACACCGCAAUCCUGUGCUGCUGAGACCAGGGAAAUAUUCUUGCAAGGUUUAAAGUGCAGGCUGAAUACGGCAGAAGUAAAUACUGGACUUUUAUUUAGAAAUACCUUUAAGGAGUACAACAGGAAAAAGAUUUUGCCAUGUUAUCCCCAGAAGGAUAAUUUUUGUGUUAUUUGAAGUAUCGUUCGAUCAAAUUUUCAAACCCCUGUGAAAAAUGCAAUCAUAAAGACCUUUCUUCAUUCUGUAAAAUAAUUUAGAUCUGACCUUUUGAACUAAUCAAGUUGGUAUAAAUUAGCUUUCAACUGGAAGAUCGAGUGAGAAAACCUUGCGUUAUCCUUUGCCUUACUUUAUAAUUGUUUUCCUCACUUUAUGCUUAUACCUCCUUCUCCCUCACCCUCUCCUGUCUCAUUAGAUUCAAACAAUUAUUGUCUUUGUGCCCUCCUGCUCCAUCCUCCAGUUUUACUAAAUACUAAUUGUAAAUGUAGCUGUGUUUGUACUCUGGGUGAAUGUCUAUACACUGCACCCUUGCAGUAAUUCUUUCUAUCAUUGGAACAGGCCACAGCCAUCUAUGCCUAAAGAUCUUCUGCACUGUACUGGCUGGGUUCCAGAGCUGCUAGACUCCAGUGUUACUGAACAGGAAUGAGUCUUGUUUACCCUAAGCAUCAUGAGACUUUUUCCCCCAAGCUGAUUAAAUCUUCCUGUUUCUGUUCAGUUGUAUUUUAUAAUAUAAGUCUGAAAAUAAACUACAAUGCUUCACUGUGGCAAAGUAAUUUUUGAUAGGGGGGUGGUGUUGGAGAGUAGAAGGUUAAUAAAAAUAUCAUUGUUGUCCCAAGACCUGCUGACCCUAAUGUGUCAUGUUUUGUAAUAAAAAUAAAAAAUUGUCAACUA